UGGUGCUUUGGCAUUUGCAGGAGGGUGCAGUGCUUUCAUUUCAGGCCAAACUCUUGACCUAUUAUAAAAUAUUGCAUAUAGAGUAGAUAUAAACUCCUGGAUAAAAGAAGGAUGUCAUCGUGACAUGGACAAAUCAGUCUUACAAAGUGAGAAGCAGUGUGGGAUGACUGAGAGUGCACCCACAAUGGAUAACACUGAAGAAGAGGAGGAGUUCUGUGAUGCACCCGAUACCUUCCUUGACUGUGAGGAAGGAGACUCUCCUGAAACACCCCAGUCUGACUAUGUUCCUCCACCAGGAGAAGUAACAGUUCUCCAUGCUGGCACUGAGACUGUUUCUCUUGGCUUGACACCUGUUAGGUAUAAACUACAUAUAGAUUACUCCAGUGACACACAUGAAGGAAGUGUGACUGUGGAAGAAUCCAGCACUGUAGAUGUUGAUGGACUGCAUCCUGGGACUGAGUAUACUUUCAGAAUCACAAGGAGAGCAGAAAAUGGAAAUCAAAGUGAAACAGCUUCUUUAUCUGUCUUCACAGAGCCCAGCCCUCCUGCACAGAUUACAGUCUAUCAGGUCAACAAUGAGUCACUUUCUCUGCGUUGGGACACUCCUGCUGGUGAAGUGGAGAACUACAUUGUGACUUGUUGCAGUGAAGAAGAGAGCUGUGUGCAAGAGCUGACAACAGACACAAACAGCCUGACUUUCAGCAGCUUGAAGCCGGGGGUUUGUUACUCUCUCCACGUUUCUUCACAACUGAAAAAUGGAAGAAGAAGCAAGCCAGUCGUAACAUCUGUACACACAAAGAAUCAGCUGGAGACAUUAUUGGGGGAUCUGGGCUUGGAGCAGCACUACAAAGAGAAGCUAUCCCUGAGGACAAUACUUCAAAUUGAUGAGAGGACCAUUACUGAUGAACUUGUUAAGUGUAAUUCAGAUCUUCCGUGGUAUUUUCUGAAGAAACUGAUGAUGGUUAAUGUGACAGCUAGGAAUGUGAAAUAUACAUCAGUAUGUGAGUCAGCACAUGAGAACCUUGAUGCUAUGUCAGGGAAUACAAGGUUAGAUCUUAAGAAUCUGGUCAACAGUCCAAAUUCAGGUGACAUGCCAAACCCCCUCGACAUAAUCACUGCUCUCUUUCUGUGUUCUGAUGGUUUUGUACAGCAGGAAAUGGCACUCAAAAUGUCUAUGUGUCAGUUUUCUGUGCCUCUACUGCUUCCCAAUUGUGAAACAGAACAGUGCACACUCAUGCUGUGGGCCAUGAGAGACAUUGUUAAAAAGUACAGACCUCAGUCCCUUUCUGAAUCCAAGGGCUUCAUUGAAGACAGAGUUGUUCUCUCAGAUCUUCCGAUGAUAUCUUUUGUUAGACUGGGUGAGUGCUCCUUGUCCAAGUCAGAGAUUCUCAAUAAGCUUCUGAGCAAUUCUCAGCAGUACCAUGACACCUUUGUUCACCACGAUAUGGAGUGUGGUGACAGUCCGAGGAAAAUAUCCAAUGGAUUGGUUGAAAUUACUUGGUACCUCCCUUGUGGAAACAAAAACAUGGAUAUUUUCAGUGAGCCGGUUGCUGUAGCUAACCUUCGUGGGGACAUUGCAUCAUUUGAAACACAAUACUCUUUUUUGUGUCAGACAUCUGCUGCAGUUUUUGUGUUCUUUGACCAUUUGGACUCUGAGUGCAGGCUACUGACCAACCAACACUACAAGGCACAGAUCUUCUUGGUAUGUAACCAUCAGAGGGAGAGCUUCAGUCUAGAUGCUUUAGAAAAAGUAGCAACCGAGUUGGGCUUGACUAACAGCAACAUUAUUUUGAAGACUAAACACAUGAAUGAUGCAGACUUCGUCAAAAAUAUGCGGAAAACAGUCAGGGAUGUAGUUGAGAAAUCAGAGAUGAAGAUGGCAAUAGAGCAGAUGGCUGACAUUGCCCAUGAACUGGGAAUCUUGGUUGAUGAACACUCUCCAGAGUGCCAGACUGCCAAGAAAAAUGCAGAUGCCAUCACUGCAGAAAUUCAAGACACCCUUGAAUACAAAGAAGCUCAGCUUCCCUUGCAAGGCCAAAUAUGGAAAGAUUUGACUUGCUUAGAGAAGGAGGAAUUUCGGCUUCGAAAAGCUGGGUCUGAAAACAUAGAAAUGUACAAAAGUGAUCUUCAGGAACAGAAAACAAAACUUCGGGAAAAACAGAACUCUUAUGACAUGUCAAAUGCUAUGACAUGCUUCAUCGACGCAAUAUCAAGCCCAGGGAUAGAGAGGUGUUAUUUCCUGAAAUGGAUGCGAGUUAACCUCGAUAAUCUGUCUCGAGAAAAACUGUCUGGUCUCAGGGAGCAGUACAAAAAGAAAUGCAUGAGUUCUGAGAACAAAGAGGAGAUUAAAGACAUCGACAGAAAACUUUCCAACAGCUCACUGGGGACUGAGCACUUCUUCCGUGAAAUGGGUCAAAUCUAUGAAGCUUCAGUUUCCCUUCCAGAAACACACCCAUCACGUCAACAAUUACAGCAUCUUCCAGAACUCUGUGCAGGAUUGUUACUUGAUGGCUUUCCUCUUGAGCUUGUUGACGGAGAUGCAUCCAACAUACCUCUAAGAUGGGUGAGUGAUGUUCUCUCUCGGCUCAAUGACUUGGUGUCUCCUAGGAGCAAGAUAUUGGUAGUCACAGUUCUUGGAGUUCAGAGCACAGGAAAGUCCACUCUCCUUAACACAAUGUUUGGAGUGCAGUUUGCCGUCAGCAGUGGUCGAUGCACUCGAGGUGCCUUCAUGUUGCUCAUCAGAGUCAAUGAAGAUGUCAAAAAACUACUCAACUGUGACUUCAUGGUGAUCAUUGACACUGAGGGCUUAAAGUCACCAGAGCUUGCACAACUGGAUGAUAGCCAUGAGCAUGACAAUGAGCUUGCAACCCUCGUUGUGGGGCUGAGUGAUAUCACCAUUAUCAAUAUUGCAAUGGAAAAUUCAACAGAAAUGAAAGACAUCCUACAAAUAGUUGUGCAUGCUUUUCUAAGGAUGAAAGAGGUAGGCAAAAAGCCCAAAUGUCAGUUUGUUCACCAGAAUGUGUCAGAUGUUUCAGCCCAUGAGAAGAACUUACGAGACAGGAAACUGCUCUUGCAACAGUUAAAUGAGAUGACCCAGGCAGCAGCCAAAAUGGAAAAGAAAGAGGAGAACAAGAGCUUCACUGAUGUGAUGGAGUACAGUCCAGACACUGGGAACUGGUACAUUCCUGGACUCUGGAAUGGAAACCCACCAAUGGCACCAGUCAAUGCAGGGUACAGUGAAGCUGUAUAUGAGCUCAAGAAGAACAUCAUCCAAAUGUUGGGAAAUUGUGACUCAUCUGCUAAUGAUAUCUCUGAGUUUACAGAGUGGAUGUCAAGCCUGUGGAAUGCAGUAAAGCAUGAAAACUUCAUCUUCAGCUUCAGAAACAGCCUAGUGGCUGAUGCCUACAUGAGGCUUUGCACAGAAUUCAACAAAUGGGAAUGGGAAUUCAAAAAAGACAUGUACACCUGGGUCACAAAUGCUGAAACAAAAAUUUCCAAUUUCGGUACAGUUGCUGUGAAAUCUGAGAAACAUGAUAUGAGAGAACUUCUCACAAGUUUGAAAAGUGAAGCUUGCACACUGCUGUCUAAAUGGGAGACAAAGCUUCUUGAGAAUCUGAUUAAGUACUUCAAGCAAACAGAGGGUCAUGUCUACCUAGUUGAAGGAUACAAAGAGGAAUUCUCAAACAGUGCAAAAAGCCUUCGACGAGAAAUGGAGAGGUCUGUGUUUAACCAGCUUGAAGCCGCAGCUGACAUCAGACAGGGUAUGGUAAAGCUGGAUAGUAUUAAGGAGAACCACACAAAAGAAUUAGAGGGGAGGGUGUGUGCAUUAAUUGAAGAAUGUCGGGAUAAAAAACUCGACAUGACAGACACAGAGCUAGACAGUGAAUUUAAUGAGAUGUGGGAUAAAACUUUGAAGGAACUAUCUUUUUGUGAACAAAGGGUAACAGAUGUCUUCGCCAAUGUAUCUCACAACCUGAGAGUAAAUCUCUCACAUAAGGGGAGUCAUGCAAAUGAAAUACUGAAUAAAAAAGACCUGAAAAAUUGUGGACAAGUGCCUUUCAAAUAUAAGCCUACAGUUGAAGGAGCCUUCAACCAAUUUAAACACACUGUGAAAAAGUGGUUUAACAAAGAUCAAGUAGUGGCUAUACAACAAAUGGCUGACAGCAUCAUAGCUGCUUGUGAAGACUUUCUGUCACAAAAAAUGGUACGAAAAACCAAUUACCAUGAAACUUACAUCCAGGAGAUCCUACACAUGAUUGAUGAAAGGCUGCAAAACAAUCAGGAUGUUACAACGGACAUUGAGUUUGAGGUUUCUCUAAAACAGCACAUCUGUGGUUUAGCAGCCAGAACAUUUCAGAAAAUGCAUGAAGAUUUCAUACAUGUGAAUGAUCCUUACAGAUGUUUGAAUCAAAACAAAGAAAAAUUUCAGACUGAUUUUAUGGAUGUGUUCCAUGAACGAGACCAGUGCCAGAAGAAGGCAGAAGAAUUCACUGACAGAUGCUUGAAGCCUGCAGUUGAAGACUUUGUCAACCGCUCCUUGGGUCCUGACAUCAUUGGUGAAAUGCUGACAUGCCAUCAGUUCAGCACCCGAAUGUUCUUCCAGUAUGCAAUUUUACUGGAUUUGCUCUCCGAGGAUGAUUUUGAAAACUAUUUGAGCUACAUUUGCUCAUAUGAGGAUUAUGUAAAGAAAUGGACACUCAGCCAAAUAAUGGAACACUUCUAUGACCCAUCUACAACGUUUCAGUUUGAGAACCGACAUCUUCAGUUUAGUAUCAACAGCAUAAACAAUGCCAUCAACAAGGCCAAAACAGGAAAGAGUGGCAACUUGAAGACAUUUGUGGAAGAUAUCUGCAAGGAACUUGGUGAUAAACUGGUCAUUUCCCAGGAUGCUCUUGGUGCGUUCAUGAUCCUGAACAAUGCUGACAAGGAACAGUUUGCUCGCUGGCUCACAGAAUGUGUGAAGGAAAUGGGACAAGCUCUUAUCGAAAAGUUAAAAGAAGACAACAUCCAAGUAAAACUAAUAAAUCUCCAUGUGCAGCCUCAGAAUGAGCUUUUCACUAAGGUGAUUGGAUGUGGUAAACAGUGUCCAUUCUGCAAAGCGCCUUGUGAGGCAGGAGGAAAAGAACAUACUGAGCACUGGACUUCACUGCAUCGGCCAGAAGGUCUUGGUAGAUACAGGUGGAACAACACAGAAAAACUUGUCACUGACAUAUGCUCUUCUUCUGUGAUCAGUGACGUGCGUUUUCGCUCUUUUGCUACAGGACUUCAAUGGCACCCUUACAAGUGUUACAGAGAAAUUUACCCUGACUGGAAAAUUGCUCCAGAUGUAAGCCUUGAGGCAUCAGACUACUGGAAAUAUGUAUUUGCAAGAUUUAAUAAGAAGUUUUCCAAAACAUAUGAUGCAAAGCCUGCUGAUAUUCCCACAUCAUGGAAACAUAUCACAUGUAAGCAGGCAGAAUCAAGCCUGAAAGAGUCAUUUAACGUCAAGUGAGAGACUACAUGCUCUGUGUGUUACAGAGAUACACACUCUUCUCAUGACAUUCAUUCAUUUAUCCUCUUUUCAUGGAUACUUUGUUUGUUUGUUUUAUAUAAUGUAGAAAACAGACACAAGUAGUAACAUACUGUAUAUAUGAUGACAAGGUUGACAAUACAGAUAUUUUGCCAGUACCGCAGAGACAUAAGAGAAAAUCACUACAUGUAGUGCUCACCUCUACCUGAGACUGACUUUAACAUGUUUAAUAAAAAUAAUCUGCUUGAACUGUAUGUUGAUAAAGACACUUUUAAAUACUUUUUGAUAAUGAGUCAAUGUGCAUGUUCAGAGCACGUUAGUUUGAUUAUAUCUGAGUUUGCAUUUUAUGAUUUUGUGUAACUGAUGAAUUUCAUUAUAUUUUUGUACAGUGAUGUACACAAUUUGUCAAAGCAACCAGGUGACAGAAAAAAGUGUUUUUUAAUUCAAAUGUAAUAUGAUAUGCAAUGUUUUUUUGUUUUUUUUUCAGUGAAUUGUCCGAUGCCAAAUAUUUACCUUUCUUUGAUGAAUUAAAAGAUCAUUCAGUCUAUAUGUGGUAUUGUCCACAUGUAUAAAGAAAGGUGUUACGGCCCCAAGUUGCUCUAGAGGGAGAAAGGAGUAACAUAAAACUAGCUGAAGAAUCUGAGGAGUCAGUGUGUUCAGUCUUGAAAUCUUUUAUUGCCAGAUGAGCAAGAUUAAAUGCAAUGUCAGGGAAUUUUUAAAAAUCAAAUUAAGUAUAUGUCUUUUUUAAAACUCAGAAUUGUUUUUGUUUCUGUGAAGUAUGUAGUACCAAACAUUUACAAUUUCAUAUUAAUCAAAAUAUUAUUCAGUCUAUAUGUGGUAUUUUAUUGUCAACAUGUAUGCUUUUCUUACUUCUGUUAACUGAUUGAAUAAAGACACAAAAUCAGCAAACUGGCUAUGAAUGUCUUUAAUGUUUCCCAGAUCAGAAUCACAGCAUACAGUGUAUAAUAACUUCUAAAGUAAACAGAAAUAUCAUCACCUCAUUUAUUUAUAUAGUUUUACUUUACUUUUUUUAAUAAUCAUCUUUUUUAAAACUCCAUUAUUUAACAUUUUUCUUCAUCUCAAGUCUCGGGUUUCUGAAUUCAACAAAGAAUGUAAAAACAAGACAACAGGUGCAACUUCGCAAUGGAGACCGAGCCGCAGGUUUUCGUGUGUGAGUCAGUGUGCGUGUGUCACUGUCUGUGUGUAUGUUUGCCAUUGUGGGGCGUAAAUCAUGUGCUUCCAUUCACCAUCGACCUGACACAAGAUCUCAGAGUGAUGGAGUGCAUGAAACAAAGUCAUCUUGCUUUGAUUGGCUUACUGCAGUUUACAGGUGUUGAAAUACAAACUAUCCAAAUUGUAGCCCCAACUGUGUGAACCACAGGUCACUUUAUACAGUAAACAGUGCUGAGUGUGUGUCCACAUCCGUCUAGUCUGGUCCACUGUUUAACACACGUACUCAGAGUCUGCAAGUGCACUGGACUUUUCAGAUUCCUCAACAUUUCACCCAUUUCUCAACUGUUUAACACACAAAACUCCUUUCUGCUACAUCACAUCACUGUACGGUCAACACCACCUCCAUAACCACAAUGCAACACAGUGUGUGGAAGGAAAACAUUGGACCACCUGCGUGAUCCCAUGACUGUAUGUGAGGCAUCUUACGGUAUCAAAGCCCUCAUGUCUGUCCCACGUGUGAUUAAGUGGCUACAUGUAAACACUGCUACAUGUGGAGUGAGAUAACAUUUAAUUGACUGCAUUUGUGUUUAGUGUCUCAGUUUAGAAGUCCUGACCAUGAAUCACUGGCCAGUUCCCUACACCACCGUUACAUUAGUUAGCUGGCAAAAAGGCAAAGCUGGCAUCUAUCAGUGCUCUUAGCCUCUAAGAUGUUUCCAUAAAUACCUGGUAAUCACACAGAUCACACAGCACAGAUUCACCAGGAGUAUGCUUAAAUCACAAGAUAUAUUUUAAAAUGAAAGUUUGUUAAAGGCUUUAACAAAAAAGGGGAGAAAAGAUCUAGCUACCACAAUCCCAUAACAAAGAGCAAUGAAACCAUUGACUUAAAAUGUAUUUUUCAAAUUUUAAAAUGUAAUAUUUAUCAGAAACUAACAGAUGCCAACCACAUGAUGAAUUUCUGCUACAGUGACUUUCCUGGUUAGGAACUGUGAUGCUACAGGAUGCCCACAUGAUAAUGGGCAACAUGAUGACAAGACAAGGUAAAGAGAAAAAAAAAAGGUCUAAUGUCAUGAAAAGUGAUCAUCUGUAAGCAUUUUUUUACUCAGCAGUGAAACCUCAAGCUAGUGGUCAUUUCAUUGCAAACUGCACCUGUUGUCUUUUGUUGUCACAAAAUAAGCAUUUCAUUCAUUCACUCAAAAAAAAAAGAAAAAAGAAAAACAAACAAGAAACUUAAUAUUUACAAAUAUUUUGU